GGGAAGCCUCUUGUUUAGUAGAUCUGUGCUGUGCUUUCUCUCUUGCAAUACUGGAGGGGGGCCCCACCUCCGCUCUCCUCCCCAGAAGUAGGUGGGACUAGUUCAAGCUCUGUGGCUGAGCUCCUGCUUUCUGAUGACUGUGCCAUUAGAGGAAUGCUCCUGCGCUCACCACCUCUUGUCAUGAAUUUUUUUUACGUGCAGUUUACAAAGGCAUUGACAUCAUCCGGAGAGCAGCCUCGGAAUUAACGCAAAACAAACAACCGGAGGGACAGGUUUCUAUUUCACGUGUUAUUUAAAAAACCAGCUCCCUAGCUCAGCAGCUGUGAUGUGGACAGGGAUCGGAUCGGGAAAGCUGCCUCUGCGCUGGAGGAAUUAAUGGUGCCCUUGUUAUUUUAUUUGUACUGUUUAUUGGAAAUCGGUGGGUUUGGGAUUUUUAUAGAGGAACAAGUGAAAUGAACAAAUCGAAGAAGAUUGACCGUUGCUGAUUAGCCUCCACUUAGUGUUGUGUUCUCCUAGGGUCAGUCGAUUGAUUCACUUUGGAGACAAUUAAAAGAAUUCUAAAGCUUUGAAUCGGAUCGCCUCUUUUUUUGGUUUUUGAUAUGGGGGACAAAUCUUUCAAGGCGAAUUUGCUGUUUUUUUCCUGGCCCCAUCCUCUCUGAAGAACUAUAAUUUUCUCCCUGCCCAACAUGUUACAGUAAAUUUUAGUUCCAGAAAACACUUUAUUAUUUAAAAAGAAACAAUAUCUAGACUCAGAUAUGGCAAAAAAUUCUCUGGAAGGGUCUAAGGAAGACCUGAACAAAAUUUCAGAAGAGGAGAUGAUGAGAUGGAGCAAGGAAGAGCUGGUGAAAAGAUUGAGGAAAGUAGAAAAUGAAAAAAUGAACUUAAUGGUGGAACAUGGCAACUUAAUGAAGGAUGUAAACAGGAGGCUGCAGGUUCAUCUGCAUGAGAUCAGGGGGCUGAAGGAGGUGAAUCAGAAAUUACAGGACGAUAACCAGGAACUGAGAGAGCUCUGCUGCUUCUUGGAUGAUGACCGGCAGAAAGGCAAAAAACUGUCCCGGGAAUGGCAGAGGUUUGGGAGGCACACGGCCAGUGUGAUGUGGAAAGAAGUUGGGAUGUAUCAACAGAAGCUGAAGGAGCUGGAGACAAAGCAGGAAUCCCUCAUGAGGGAGAACAUGGAGCUGAAGGAGAUAGUCAUCAUGCUAGAUGAAGAGAGGAAUGGAGCUGGCUCUAGGAGCUCUAUAGACAGCCAGGCCAGUUUGACCAAUUUGAAUGGGAGCUCUGGCACCAGGGAUGUGGGGGAUGGGAGUAGCACCUCCAGCACUGGGAGCGCAGGGAGCCCAGAUCAUCAUCACCAUCACCUCCACCAUCACAAACCUGUCGAGAAUAAGGCUGGAGGAAUAAGGAGAUCUAUGGAUGACUUGUCUGCACCCCUUCACCACAGGAGUAUCCCCAAUGGUCUCAAUGAUUCAUCUUCCAACUACAUCAGGCAACUUGAAACAAAAGUCAAACUGUUGGAGGAUGACAACAAACUCCUUUCUCAGCUGGCUGACCGCAACAGCUUGCCAAGAAAUUUCAUUAAGAAAUCUAGCUCUGGGGAUUUGAGGACUCUAAGAAAAGGGUUAUCCCCAUACCACUCUGAGUCACAGCUGUCAUCACUGCCGCAGUAUCAGGAUGCCAUGCAAAAUGGCCCAGCUCGUAUGGCUCCUGAUCUUGCUUCCUCUCCUGUGGCAGGAUAUGUCCCUGUGGGUCAGAAACCGGAGGCUGUGGUGCAUGCUAUGAAGGUCCUUGAAGUCCAUGAAAAUUUGGACAGGCAAAUGCAAGAUAACUAUGAAGAAGACCUGAGUGAAAAGGAGAAAGCAAUUGUUCGUGAAAUGUGCAAUGUUGUCUGGCGAAAGUUGGGUGAUGCAGCAAGUUCCAAACCAUCCAUCAGGCAACACCUUUCAGGAAACCAGUUCAAGGGGCCAUUGUAGGAACGUCACGCUGAAAACUAGAAGCAACUCUAUAAAGAAUCAGAGAGGAAGAGAGCUCUGUUUCUAGCAGCCAGUUUGGAUUUUUUUUUGCAACUGUCUAUAGUGUAAAUAUGGCAGCUAAAGGCUUAGCCUCCAGGCUAUGAUCUGGAACCAAUGUUAAAUGGGUUAAUCAUCCUAUAACCGCAGACUUGUGUCACUUGUAUUGUAGUGCAAACCUGCUUUGUUGUAUGGUCUCUAUGUAGAAUUACCUAACAAGAGAAUUUCUAGGAGGAAAAAUGGAACCCUAACCUGGAGAAGUUAUUUUGUAUUGCUUCUGUCCACCUGCUCGUUAAUUGAUUCAUAACUAGGCUGGUGGCUCUAUGCAGCAUGUUUUUGGAUUCUCCCAAGGAAACAAAAAUCGGAAUCAGGUGGCUUAUUGGCUGUCCCUUUACUGAGCUGCUAAAACUGCUUGGAGGUCCUUAUUUUUGGAGGAUGACAUGCAACUAUUUUCAAAAGCUGUCAUAUAAAAUACUUUGCGGAAUGAUAAAACACUGAAAGCACCUUGUAUGUUGUACCGUAUUGACCAUGACACAGGUCCAUAUCAGGUAUGCAGAAUAGCCUGAGCCGCCAUUUCAGCUGCUAGUGACGUGAUUUUAAUGGAACAAAUGAUACUGCAGUCAUAAUGUGAAUAAUUUCAAGUCAUUUAGCCACAAUCCAGUCUGAAUAUGGUAACACUGUUCUUGUAAAGCUCCUACUGUUAAAUGCUUAGGUAAGAACAGCUUUCCGCCAAUAUGGCUCACCGUUUCGACAGGAGGAGUUUCUCUCUCGGAUCCUUGUGUUUGUCUUGACAUUCACUCACAUCAUAAGGAUUUUUUUUUAAUGUCCUUGUUGAAAUACUGAACUAAAUUGGUUACUUUGUGAUGUAAUCAAAGCAACAGCCAUUCAGAGCUGCGUAAAUGCUAUAUCAACAGAAGCUGUCACAUGAGGCUGUUGCUGCCAUUUAAGCUUUAUUUUUGUUAAACCAAAAUGGAGUGUUUUUUUCCUUCUAUAUAUAAAAAUAAUGAGACUUAUUUUGGUAUUGUGGAGUAGCUGCUUGUGGAGCUGUAGUAAGAGGUUGAGUUGACCCCUUUCGGUUCCAUCUUGUCACAAGAACUGGCCCUGUAUUUCAUGAGAUGUUCUUUCCCUUUCCCCUCCAAUAGUCUACAGGAAACUGGACUCAGUUAGUAAACCUGCCCUUGUAAAAUAAAAUAAUCUUAAUAUGUGCAUGUAGAUUCAAUGCCACCUCUUCAAAAAUGGCAUUGGUUUUGGUGCUUAGUUUGAAGCUUUAAUGACUUCAGAUGUUGCCAUGUUAGAAAAAUCAGUCAGUUACCUAAAUGCAAUUGGAGGUUGUUACGAUUAGAUACAUUUGUUUUGCAUUAGCUGAGUUCUUGACUCCGAUUAGCACGAAGCACCUACAAAUAACUGUCAGUCCUGCAGGUUCUAACACAAGUGAAUAGUCUCACUGUCUAAUGAGCCUACUUGCCUGAGUAAGGAAUUUGCAGGAUUGAGCAAUAAAGAAACAGGAAUAUAAACAAAAUAAAAAUUCAGCAGUAAGUCACUGUAGAAUAAGAAUGGGCCCUGGUAGCUGAGAUCAGUGAGUUAUUAGAAACUCCCUCAACAGCAGUUCACUUCCCCCUAAAGCGUACCUCAGCUGUGUCAGCCACUAUUGAGCUGACAAACUAACUCUAUACUAGGUUUAUGCAGUCUGUGUAGCCUGGCAGAAACUAGCCUAGAAAAUGGCACACUGGUUAUCUUUUAAGAGUUGACCUCUUCUAGAGCAUUCUGAAUUUCCUCUUCCUAGCUUUUCGUUUUGACCAUUUUCAGCCUAUUACUGUCUAUACGACCCAUCAGUUUCUUUUCUUUUUUGCUCAACUGUUUCCUUCAUAUAAAGGAUAGGGGAAAAGCAUGAUUUUUUUCCUUCCAGAGUAAGGCAGCAAAGAAAGUUUUAAUUUCCCCUCUGAGCUAUAAAAUGUAUAUAUGGCUGCUCAAUCCAUCUACUUGAAAGGCCAUUGUAAUUAUGCCAGUGUCCAAACUCUGGAUUGAGUGUUAGGGAGCAGAAUUGAUUUACUUCAGCAAAUUUCAACUAAAGCAGCAGAAGUGUUGCCAGUAAAGCCUGUAGAGUGUUGAUAGUAUUGAUAAUGUGCUUGCUGGUCUCUAAGUAGCUUAGACUAACAAAUAAGCAUUUAAUGAUCCCUCCCUCUCAACAGGACUGAGAGCUAAAACUAGCCAGUUUACUUCUCUCACUGGCUCUGACCUACUCAUCCAAAUUUACUCUUAAUCAGCUAUAUCUAUCACAAGCCAUUUUGUGGCUUGAAGCUUUGUCCAUAUUCUGGUUUCAUCUGCAGAUCUUAAACUCUUAACUAAAGGGGAAACAGCACUAAACCUGAGGCAUGUCGUAUGGCUGUACACCCCAGAGAGCUGGCUUAGAAGACAGUCUUUUUAGUUAAACCACUGAAGGAUCCUUUAUACUAGUAGGGUAAAAUUAUAUUUUGUAUGAUUCUACUUGGCAGCAUAAGCCCCAAAUGCAAGAUGUGCAUUGUUGAUUUUAUAGAAGUACAUGAAAGUUAGUGCUGCAUGUAUUUUUUUUAAAGUUUGCUACUCUUUGUAUUUGGCUCCACUUGAGCUAAAAAAAAAAAAAGUGUCUUCCUGGGGGGAAAAAGACACUCAAUGACAUUACAGAAUGACUUGGGUGCUAAACUUUCAGUUGUCUAAAAAGAUGUUUUAUAUGCACAUUUCAAUUCACUCUUUACUAUGCUCUAGGUCUACUGUGAAAACGACCUGAAAAACUUUGUAUAGUAAGUUUGAGGGAAACCCUCCCCAAAAUGGUGGCCAUUAAGUUGAUAUACAUGGCGCUACUGUCCCCAGUCUAUUUAGAGGCUCCAAAUUCUGCAGCCCUGAGACAAACAAAGCUUCCAUUGACUUCAAAUGGAGUUUUGCUUGCUUUAGGAAAGCAGAAUCAGGCCCUUAAGUUUUCUUUGAGUGAAACAGGCAUUUUGAAAUGGUGUGGUGUAACCAACUUCAGGAGGCGCGUUGCACCUUUAAUAAGACUGCUGAGCCCACCCUUGAGAAUGGCACAUUUUUAUCCAAAUAUUAUUAGAUAUAAAUCAGUGUUAAAGUGACCUUUUAUCUUUUUAGAAACUGGGUGGGGAAAAAAGUACUACUGAUCUUUUUCAAAGUGCAUGACUGUAAAGUGAUAAAAUUGUAUAUUUUUCAUAAUGUGGGGAAAGUCUAUUUGAACUGCUUUGGGAAAUCAGUUUGAAGUUUGAUUUCUGUUAAACCUGUGAUCUUACAGCCUUCUUGUAUAUGAUUUACAAAAGAAACUGGAAUAAAUUAGCACCCACUGUUGUGUACAUAGCAAAAUCUUUAGACAUUAGCACGCAUUUAUACCUUUUAUUGAAUCACUUUGGGGAGGGGGGAAUCAGAUUUUUUUGAUGUGUAAAACAUUCAUUUGAAAUAUUUUAGUAAAAAUGAAGUAUGAGAUUGUGAUAGUGUAUACUUUCAGUUGAAUAAAAUAAAGUACAUUCUU